ACAGCAUAAAAACUUUCCGUGUCUAUCUAUAUAUUUUCCUUUUUUUGCUUGUGUAUAUAUACACACACAUCUGAAAAGGUAAGUAGCGUAAUUCAUUCAAAUGGCCACUCUAGGGCAGACAGGUUCAGCUCUUAUUUACAGUAAUGCCCUUCCGAAGACUCUUCCACGUCCUAAGGCUUCUGCAUGCACCAUUGUGGCCAAAAUGACACCACGUGAUGAUAAGUCAACAAUAGUUCGUCGCCGUUCUGCAAACUAUCAGCCUUCUCUUUGGGACCAUCACCAUAUCAUCUCAGUGGAAAAUGGAUAUGCGAAUAAUAAAAACGUACGGGAGAGAGAUCUGUUGAAGGAAAAAGUGAGAAAGAUGUUCGAUGAUGAGAAAAAGACUUAUCUCUACCAAUUGGAGUUCAUUGACGAUCUACAUAAACUCGGGGUUUCAUAUCAUUUUGAAGCGGAAAUCAAAAACUUUUUAAUAUCUUCUUAUCAGAAAGAUAGAAUAAACAUCAGGGAAUGUGACUUACAUGCCACCGCACUCGAAUUCCGACUUUUCAGACAACGUGGUUUCAAUGUUUCAGAAGAUGUAUUCGAUGUUUUCAUGGAAAAUUGUGGGAAGUAUAUAUAUGACAGUGAUGAUAUAAAUGGUUUCAUAUCUCUUUAUGAAGCGUCAUAUCUUUCGACAAAGUCGGAUACUAAACUGCAAAUAUUAAUCAGACCUUUCGCAACACAACAACUCAGAGAUUUUGUUGAUACUCAUAGUAAUGAAGAUUUUGGGUCGUGCAACGUCGGGGAGAUGGUGGUCCAAGCGUUAGAUAUGCCCUACCAUUGGCGAAUGAGAAGGCUAGCCACGAGAUGGUACAUAGAUGUGUAUGGAAAGAGACAUAAUAAGAACCCUGUCCUAGUUGAGUUGGCGAAGAUCGAUUUCAACAUCGUACAAGCUAUUCAUCAAGAAGAACUCAAAUACGUUUCCAGUUGGUGGAAGGAGACGGGUUUAGGUAAGCAACUCCACUUUGCAAGGGACAGAAUAGUGGAAAAUUAUUUUUGGACGAUCGGACAAAUCCAAGAGCCUCAAUAUGGAUACGUUCGACGAAUAAUGACUAAAAUAAAUUCACUUCUUACUACUAUUGAUGAUAUCUACGAUAUCUAUGGCACUCUUGAAGAACUCCAACUUUUCACUGUCGCGUUUGAAAAUUGGGACAUAAAUUGUCUUGAUGAACUCCCCGAGUACAUGAGGUUGUGUUUUUGUGUUGUAUACAAUGAAGUCAAUAGCAUCGGAUGUGAUGUACUCAGAGAAAAAAAUAUCAACGUGAUUCCCUUCCUCAAAAAAUCUUGGACAGAUGUAUGCAAGGCAUAUUUAAUAGAAGCCAAGUGGUACAAAAGAGGACACAAACCAAAUCUGGAAGAGUACAUGCAAAAUGCUUGGAUUUCAAUAUCGGCCCCUACGAUAUUUCUUCACUUCUACUGCGUGUUUUCCGACCAACUCUCUGUUCAGGUCUUGGAGACUUUGUCCAAACACCAACAAAAUCUCGUCCGAAGCUCUGCCUCCGUGUUCCGUCUAGCCAACGACCUUGUAACCUCACCGGAUGAAUUGGCGAGAGGAGACGUCCAUAAAUCCAUCCAAUGUUACAUGAAUGAGACCGGAGCUUCAGAGGAGAAGGCGCGUUCGCACGUGCGACAGAUGAUCAACGACCUGUGGGAUGAAAUGAAUUACGAAAAAAUGGCACAUAACUCUUCGCUACUCAAUCAUGAUUUUAUGGAAACUGUGAUAAAUUUGGCACGUAUGUCGCUAUGCAUGUAUCAGUAUGGCGAUGGCCAUGGCUCUCCCGAAAAAGCCAAAAUUGUUGAUCGUGUAAUGUCUAUACUCUUCAAUCCGAUAUCUUUAGAUUAAACUUCAUAUUACAUUAACUAUCAUAUGGGUUUUAGAUAACCAGAUAUAAAGUUCCACGAAAUUGUA